AUAAAUAAUAAAUUAUUAUUAUUAUUAUUAGACACACCCUUUUAAGCACAAGCGUUUGGAGAGGUUCCCUAACUUGGCACAGAGAGAGAGAGAGGACCCAAAAGACAGGACAAAGCUGUAUAAAUGCACAACGUGGCUUUUUGCAUUGAAACACGGGACAGUCCUGUAUGUACAGGACAGGCGGCGACCCUGGUUGUAAGUGACGGUGUUGACAGGGCUUGGAACAGGGUUAUGACACACCUGUGGGGGUGGAGAAGGUGCUGCUCUGCACCUUGAUGGGGACUGUUAUGGGAAAGGUGACCCCAGGGGCUUGAGUGGGAAGGGGAGGAUGGCUAGGCAGUUAGCCCUGCUUUAAGAGAAUCUUGUUGUGUACAAAUAUUGGGGGGGCAGGGGCUAGCCAGGAGUGCUUUUUAAAAAAAGAAAUACAGAUAGAAUGGGAAUUUUGUAUUUAUUUAUUAAACCUAUUAGACGUUUGUCAUUAGAAGGCCUCCCAGCGACUUCCAUUAAAUGAAAAUAUUUGCACAUAAAUAAAUAAUACCAUAGGAAAGGGAGGUGUCAUAUAAUAUUUCCGGAUUCCCUCAUAAAGUGAUGGACUCUGCUUCAUUGGAGGUAUUUAAACUGGAUGGACAUAAAGUGAGAAUUCUUCAGCUGUGAUUCCUGCGUUGCAGGGGGUUGGACUAAAUGACCCUCGGAGUUCCUUCUAGCUCUACAAUUCUAUGGUAACAUGCAACAUACGUAAAAACAAAAGCCCAAUGAACAGUAAUAAGCAAUGCUAGUCAUUAGAAAAGGGCAUUGUGUUUGCUCAGCUUAAAGGAAUGCCCGGGGGGGAGGGGGACUUAUUGGAAAUGCAAAACGCUGAUGGUGUUGUUUGGUGGUUAGGGAGAUUCCCCCCUCUCCCCAAGCAACAGUAAAUAGUUACAGAUUUUGUAUGUAUCACUGUCAUGGUAUGAUACUGAAGGUUUCGACAGGCAUUUAGGAUGAGUUGCGUGAAGUGCUUUUUGAAGGAAAGUAGCCACUGUUCAGACUGUGAACUGCAUGAGAUGUUUCUUAGAUGCAGUGAUUGCAGCAGUCCCAAAUAAGUUCAUGCCUACAUCUCUAUCAUGCUGCCACAAUAGUAGCCCUUGUCUGUGAUCUAUUUUGCUGUUCUAAGUGUGGGUUUUUUUCUGCCUUGGGCUUUCUUUGCAAUGGUCUCAAAUUAGUUUUGUGGGGAGACUGCGGUAUAAUUUAGAUCUUGCAGCACUUAUAUAGACAUCUUUGUGCUUCUACAGCCAUUGCCUUUAUGAGAGCUGAAGCUCUGGGGUAGCAAGAAAUGAUGGCAAAAGGUUCUGUGGCAAAUAAAUUUUAACAGUAUAUUAUGGCAUUAGCUUUUGGGGAUCAGAGUCGCCUUUAUCAGAUGUGUGAAGUGAUAACUUCAAUGGGCAGGUAAAUAUACUCUUGGGUUGAGAGAGAGUGCAUCACAGGCCGAGGCCAAAAGGCAAAGAAAAUGCAAGAUGGAAUGGUCUGUGUGUCACAUGGAAAGCCUGUGGGGGAGGGGGUUAGAUAUCAUAUACCAGGCCGACAGGCCGAUUACAAUCUGCUGGUCAAUCGUGGGGUGUUCCUUUUUUUCUACUGCCCACACUGUUUAUUUUUUGCAAAACAGCUGCAGAAUAGUUCAUUGGGUGCUCACCUGCUAAGUUGCUUUGCAUGUUUUCCUUUGGAUAAUUCUCACCGCCUCCCACUAUAAUGCAUAAAGCAUUAGCCUACACUUUUCCAUUUCACCACCACACAAACAUAGAGGAGUAACUCGCUGUGGACAUAAUUUUCUAUUUAGCCCUUGAACUGUUUCCGAAACAGCUAGUGGGAGGAAGGCAUGCAGAGAUGGAAGCAGUUUAGCAAGUGAAGGAAGGAGGCUGCUGCUAUCUCUCUUUUCCCCACCCAUCUGAGUUGUUCUGGAAACUACAGAGAGAAAUGUCACCAGAGAAGCGGUGGCUCGAUGACAACCACUUUGUGACUAAGAGGCUUGAACCCUUCUAUCCUUAGUUGCAAAAUCCAUUCCUGAGCCCAGCCUCUCAGAGGUAAAGUGUCUGUCCCUCAUGACUCACUGUGCUGGGUCAGAGCAGUGACCAUGCAAGGCAAAGCCAGUCAGUGCCUCAGAAAAAGAAAGCAACACAUUCCUGUAAAGGAAUGAGUAUUCACAUUGGUCUGCAACAGCAAAAAGUGGACAUCUUGAGAAGAGAGAGUAACCCAGAUCCAAGUCUCUUUUGUUUUUAUUUUUCUUUGUUGGACUAUGCUGGCCUUAGGAACUGCCAUUGGCGCAUUCCAGCCCUAUAAUUAUAUUAGCCUUGCAAAUAAUUUUAUAGGGGGUGAUCACACACACACACACACACACACACACCUGCUUCCACCCUAGCAGUUAUGUAGUUCACCUUUCUGUUUUUUCCCCAUCUUUAAAGGGCAGCACCAUAUGUGGUGGCGCUGAAAUUUGCAACUUGGGCAAUUGCAUGAUGGCAGUUUCAACCUGUUUCAGAUGAGUAGUGCAUUUAGUAUCUUAAGUCGCAUCAGCUUCUCUGGAUGAAAAAGAAAACCCAGAAAGGCAGUGACAUGAGAUUCAAAAGCAAAUAUAUCCCCAAACUUCAAAAGAUGUGAUCACAGCAUGAGGUUUACAUGAUCAAGUACAAAUUGCAGCCGAAGGGAGAUUAUUUUUAGAGACGAGUGACUUAAAUGAAUGAGCAUUCCCUUUAGACCUCAAAACCUGAUCUUCCUAUAAUUGCCUGCAGUUGCUGAACGCUCCAAUUGUCUUAAUUGUGACAUGGAUCUUGAGCUGCUUGCCACAGAAUAUAGCCACGCUUGGACAACUGCCAAGGAAGUAUAAGGGUGUGGAGCUCGUGGUGGUCAGAGCGACCUGAAUUAAAAGCCUGGUUGUUUCUUCGUCUUGACUGUCCUGAAAUACUUCCUGGUGUUGCAGAGGGAAGGUUUGGUUUGCUUUUGCUGUGGUUUUUGUGUUAAAUAGAACACAAAGGAUGGCAAAGACAUGCAGAAACCAGUUUGGAGAAUCUUGCCCGUUAACCAUAAGAUGAACGUAAAUGAAUAGGUUCUUCACCUACACCAGCAAAGGAGAACCUUUAGCCCUGCAGAUGCUGUUGAACUCUUGUUCUCACCCAUCCCUGCCAGCAAGACUACUAGCCAGGGAAAAUGAGAGACAGGGGAGGGGGAUCAUAGCCAUUGAUAGCCUUAUUCCCCAUGAAUUUGUCUAAUCCUCUUUUAAAGCCAAGGCAGAGGUCAUCACUCCAUCUUCAGAUCCAUAUCCAUAUCCAUAAGACUGUUCUAGAUUGAAGUCUCGUGUUUAUUUACCCGUAUAUUCCGGCGUAUAAGACCACUGGGCGUAUAAGACAACCCCCAACUUUUCCAGUUAAAAUAUAGAGUUUGGGAUAUACUCGCCGUAUAAGAAAUACGACCCAGCGUAUAAGAUGACCCCUGACUUUUGAGAAGAUUUUCCUGGGUUAAAAAGUAGUCUUAUAUGCAGGAAUAUACAGUAUUUCAUUUUUGAAUUGUUCCACAUAAAAUAUCCCUGAGGGAUUUAACAAUAAAAACAAGUUCAAGUCCAGCAUAGAUAGGCUGGGAUGAAAAGAGCAUUAGAGUUUAUUUAAAUAUUUAAAUUUUCCAAAGAAAACAGCAAUUAAAGGUAGUUCAGUACAUAUUCAAACAUAAAAAUCCUAUGUCCUUUUACAAUUUCAAAGACUUAGUGGAAAAGGAAGGUCUUUGGUAUGUGCCCAAAAUAUAAUAGAGACAGGGCUUCUCUGAUUUGCGACACAUGGGAAGGGCUGGAGCCUUUAAGGCAUUCUAAACAUUUGUUUAUUGGUGGGUGCUGACAUUGAGUUAAGAAUUUCUUCUGUGUGAGGAUGUAUAAAAACGUUGCUAUAUUAUUUGUCUUUACUUGCCUUAACGAUAUCCAGUUCUAGGCAUUUAUUGGAAAAAGAAAUAAUCUUUCUCGCCUUGGGAAUUUCUCCAGAAGAGCUGGCGGAAUGCAAGAUUUGGGUGUGGAUUUGCUCAGCAGGCGUGUGAGUCAGCGAAAGAGGCAUUACAGUAUUGGCAGAAAGUCAUAGUGCCUGGCACUGCUCGGGUGACCUGAUAACUUAGAAAUGCAGAACUAUCCUGCCUCAAUCUCAGCACUGGAACUGGAAGCUCUGCGGGGUAUGCAGAUUUUGGGGUUAGACUCUCCUAGGUCUGCAAUUAGGUCUUUGUAUAGAGCUCACUUCUUCCCCCAUGAAACCUCCCUCCAGGCAGCUGCCUGUAGGCAUUUUCCAGAGGGACAACUUCACCCUUCACCUCCUACUAACAAGUAACAAGAUUUUUCCACCAGGCUCCCUCUGCUUUCCUUAUCUGAACCAGAUCCUUUCCAACCUACUUUGCGUGGAAAGGUCUUUCCAGCCGAGCUCCCGGACGCAAUUCGCGGGAUGGAACCCCAGGGCUCAGCCAGGCUGAAUUCCAGGAAGAGGAGAAAAGAAGGGGUGGGCCCCAACGGGGCGGCCGAAGCGGAUGGCAUCCCCUCCAAAAUGCCGCGGAACUGCUUGGGUCUCAGGGAGCCGGCUCCAUUUUCCGAUGAGCUUGAAGUGGACUACAGCAAGCCCUACACCCGAGUGACGUUUGAUGAAGCCUUAAGGGGGACGCCAGUGGACAGACCAGUCAGGGUUUACGCCGACGGAAUAUUUGACCUUUUCCACUCUGGGCAUGCACGGGCCUUGAUGCAGGCGAAAAACCUCUUCCCAAACACGUACCUGAUUGUAGGGGUCUGCAGCGACGAGCUGACGCACAACUUCAAGGGCUUCACGGUGAUGAACGAGGCCGAGCGCUACGACGCCGUGCAGCACUGCCGCUACGUGGACGAGGUGGUGAGGAACGCCCCGUGGACCCUGACGCCCGAGUUUUUGGCUGAGCACAGGAUCGACUUUGUUGCCCACGACGACAUCCCCUAUUCCUCUGCCGGCAGUGACGAUGUCUACAAGCACAUAAAAGAAGCAGGAAUGUUCGCACCGACUCAGAGAACCGAAGGGAUUUCCACGUCGGAUAUCAUCACUCGCAUUGUCCGCGACUACGACGUCUACGCCCGGCGGAACCUGCAGAGAGGCUACACGGCUAAGGAGCUCAACGUCAGCUUCAUCAACGAGAAGAAGUACCACUUGCAAGAGCGGGUGGACAAAGUGAAGAAGAGGGUGAAGGACGUCGAGGAGAAGUCCAAGGAGUUUGUGCAGAAAGUGGAGGAAAAAAGCAUCGACCUCAUCCAGAAAUGGGAAGAGAAGUCCCGCGAGUUCAUUGGCAACUUCCUGGAGAUGUUUGGCCCCGAAGGAGCUCUGAAGCACAUGUUGAAAGAGGGCAAGGGGCGUAUGCUGCAGGCCAUCAGCCCCAAGCAGAGCCCCAGCAGCAGCCCCACCCACGACCGCUCCCCCUCCCCUUCCUUCCGCUGGCCCUUCACUGCCCGGACGCCCCCCUCGUCUCCAGCCAACGUCCCCAGGAACAAGUCGGCGGUGGCCUACGACAUCAGCGAGGACGAGGAGGACUAGAGACCCUGGACCCCGCGGGGAUUUCUGCAAAUGCUGCUUCCUUGAUGAGUCCCGCCUCCAGGCAUGAAGAGAACCGCUGAUGAUGAGCUCCAGAGAGCGAGCGUCUCUCCCCCACCCCGCCGCCGCCCGAGGGCUGGGUCUGCCAUGGCAGCCCACCCAGGCGGCAUCCUCCUCCUCUCUCGCUGAGGACUAGUGCCUUGGGGAGUGGGGCGCAUUGUUGCGUUUGAACGCCUUCCCCACUUCCCCUUUCAUUGGUUAUUUGCUGUCUUGUUUCUUGGGCAAAACGGGGGGAAGGUGGCUCUUAUUUUAAAGCAGGUGUAUUCCUUUUAAACUUUUUGCCGGCCCGAGCCAUUCGUGGAAAUGAGCGCUUUGGUUGGCAGGGGAAUUAUGGGGCUGGCAGAGCCGGGAGGCCGCCCUCUGGGCGAACAUCGUUGCCUGCCUGUCCCCAAGUCCCAUGGUGCCCCCUGCCUCCUCACAGGCUGUCUCCAGUUCAAGGCCCACGAGGCCCUUGAGCCAGUGUGAAGUCGAGGCAGCGCAGGAAGCGGUUACAGUAGAAAAUCUGUAAAGAGAGAGAAAGGGAGGUGGUUGGCUGGCUGUGGAGUUUCAAGAUGCUUUUGGGGGUGCCGGAGCGGCAGUUGGUCAACUUGCAAGUCCUUCUGUUCCCCCAAGUUGCUGGUCCUCAAGAAGAUAAGGGGGAGAGGCUGUGCAGGGGGGGGGGGGGAGAGAGAGCAUGUCUGCAGAUUCCCACUGAAACCGCAGUGAGGUGGUUGGGUCGUCUGCUCAGCCGCCUUUUCCUGGUUCUGGCGCACACAAUAAUAAAAGAAAAACUUCAGUUCGCUUCCCAAACGGGCAAAGUUGGCUUAAAGUUCCUGUGGAUGCGCAGCGGGAGUAGCAAACACCCCCCCCCAAAAGGCUUCAAAGGCAAGUUGCUUGCUGCCAAAUUGGAGGAGAGCAUCAGGGUAGCAUUGUGCGACCCUCAGGUGGAACGUACGUUGCAUUGCAAAGCCAGAGCAGGGCUGAAUGGGUGGCACUCGUUCCGUAGCGUCCGGAAAAGCAGCCCCGAUUCUCCCCAUUCUGAGACUUCUUGUUGGGCAGCAAAAACAAGAAAACUUGGGAACCUGUUAAAAGCUUAAAUUUUUAUCCCUUUUGCGUGUUGUGCUUUAAGCAAAGGUUUGUGACCCCUUUCCUGGCGCCGGGUGUUUGGUCUUUGUUGACGUACCCAUCUCUUCUCAAAACCUCCCGGCCUAACCCUAACCCCCUCCUGCCUCCCAGCUUCUCAAGUGCACCAUGCAGCUCUGUCUGAUCCUGCAACUCUGCUCUCCUGCCGCCUGCCUGCGUCCGUGUCAUAAAUGCCGAGUGGUCAGGGCUUUGCUGCCCACCCCCCACCCCUCCAUGGGGAAGAGGGGAACAGCCCCAUUGUGCAACUAUGGCUGAGUAUGCGUUCUGUGCUCCCAGGAAAGCCCAGCAGCAGCAGCACAGACCUAGCUCAGAGGGUGCGCCACACUCGUGAUGUCACCUCCAAAUCUUCUGGGUGUUUGAGUGCAAGUCCUGCCAACUCUCAGCUCUCAGUAAGGUGCAAAUUAAUAUCACGCAAAACAGCUGCUCUUUCGGUGAACUGCCCGAUGUCUGGGGUUGCUCUUCCUGUUGGCUUUUGUUGUUAACUGUGUAAUAAAUGUUCAGAGUUAACUGUCCGCUCCGCAUGGAUUUUCCCUGCUUCUGAUGUUCCCCUGUCAAGAACGAUGCCAGCUGUCCCUUGACCACGGUCAACUGCACGUCCGGGUUAUUUCAUGAGCUAAUGUUUUUCUUAAGCGAUCGUCUCCUUGUAGGAAAACCAGCUUGUGAAAUGUCUCAGGGGGCAGAAUUAUUUGUGCUUUGAGAAUACGGAGGCGGCAGACAGCCUCUGCCCACGCUCUGUGAGCUGAGCGGGACACCUUCAAGGCAUCCUGGUGCCCACACAUUUUCUGACAUGAAGAUUGUCCUGGUGUUGGCCAGAUUGCCACUGUGGUGGUCAGUCUGGGCCGUACACUGUUCAGGGUUUUUGGUGGGAGCUCACAAAGCAGAAAGCACCAUGCUCUCUCUUCCCUGUGAGUUUCUCCUGCAGUCUUAAAAUCCGAGGGAGAACGCAUUUCUGUUCCUCAGCCUGCCUUCCCAUUCCACAGGGAGAGGGGAGAGUCCUGGGAAAGCUCAAUUGCCCCAUUUUAACUCUUCAAAAAUGUGUUCAGUUGGAUUGUUUUGAGACACACUUCUGAACAUUUGCACACUGUAUAAAAUUGAUCCACAGGCGCAGGAAGUGGAGUUGCCGCAAGGCAGAUUUCGCUUCCAUAUUAUUCACGCGGUAAAAUGUGCUUCUGAACGUUUCCCCAGUGCCGUACAAUUACCAUGGUACACAUGACCUCAGGAUAAUUUGUGUCUUUUCUUUUGAGGGAGCUCUUCCAAAAGGUCAUUUUGCCAUGAAAACGGUGUGGGGGGGGGGGGGAACAGCACCUCUGGGUGGUUCUUUUGCCCCAGAAAUUGUCUCCCAAACGGGCUCAUCUUGAGACUGCUUUGGGAACAGGAGUGUCAGCGGCCCUAAAGGAAUGGCACUUGUGGAGCCAGCCAUUCCGAAAUGAUACUUGGAAAGGUCACUACAGAAGCAGAUAAAUUUGUUGGGUGGCUUUUUAAAAAACGGCGGGAUUUGGGGUGCUGGAAUAGUGACUGCUACAUUUUGCAUUAUACCAGUGCUCCCUCGCUCCAAGGUGUAGAUUUGUAGAGUAACGGUAGCAUUGAAAGAUCGCCUUUUGUGUGCUUGACUCUGUUUGGGGCCCUUUUCAAAAGAAGCCCAAAGGCCAGUAACUUAACAGUACUUCGGCCCUGCAAAAUUACUGUACAAAAGUGGGUUUUGGUUAGGGACGUGCACAAAUCUUGCACACCUGUAGUUGGAAGUGAUGGCCCCCCUACACAGGUGUUGCUACACAAUGUAGGCUCUUCAUAUAACAACCUGCUUGCAGCAUUUGUGCAGAUUUAUUUAGUCAUGCGUGAAGUGGAACCCUGUUGCCUCUGAAUGAACUCACCUGGGCACUGUGUGAUGCACCCCUUUUAGCAAUAUUUGGAGAUUUCCAUACUUCCCAGAGUCAGAGGGAGAAAAUAGGCAAGGGUUAUUAACUUCUUUGCAUCCAGAAGCAAAUUGUUUCCCAGGUCCACCACAUGCAUUUAGCCAGAAAUUGCAUUUCCUUCCUUUGCAGCUGAACAGGUGGUGGAAAUGUAAAUGAACUCUUCUACCCAUACAGCUGGACUCAUUAGUCAUAUAACUAUUUAGUCCUCAACACAGGGUUUUUUUUAAAAAAUGGGUCGUAAUUGAGGAGGAAUUCCUACACAGGGCAAGCUCAGACCACCCCAAAUUCCCACCCAGAGCAGAGUUCUUAUGCUCUGGCCGAUGGCAGUAUUGUUAGGAGUCCCAUAAUGGAUUUGAAAAGCCACAUGGUGGUACUUCACAUAUGCUAGCGGGGCAUCGUGGGAUCCAAACCAUGUUGGAGCAGCUUUCAUGCCACUCCAGUUAACACCCAAACUAACCUUUCGUUGGCCAUGCGAGAGUUGCAGAAUUGAGGCACCUUCUGACAGCCGUCCACCCUGAAAUACCAACACUGAAGCAUCUUGUACAUUUGACCACUUGAAAAACGGGCCUUGUGAAACUCCCUUCUUGCAUUGUAGGGCCUCGGUGGCACAUAAUUUCUGUUCCCUAUUACAGCUGCUGCAUUUUCUUAAAAGCCAUAUGAGAUUUGGUCCUAUCACUGCAUUGCUGCAGGAUUUCUAGCCAAGUUCAGGCUGCCUAAGGCUGCCCAGUUCAGGCCUUUUAGACCAGCGCAAUUCCUCAGUAACCGCCCUGCAUCGUAAAGUUUUGUCUAGACUACCCUCUCUUGCUUCAGAGAGGAGCAAACAUGUCUGUAGUAGAAACAGUUACCAGUUUUUUAGCACUAAUAAAAAAGAAGAAUUAAGGGGUGUUUUUUUAGUUUCCCCAACCUUCCUUGCUCGUUGGCUUAGUGAAGACCUGGCCGAUCUCUAAGGAUCCAGGUUUUGACACUAGACGGUUUGAGCUGCAUGAUGCAGUGGUCAAGAUUUCCUAUGCUGGACAAAAGCCAUUCAUUGAUGUCCUUUACAGGGAAGCUGGCGUACAAAUGUCCAAACAGAAAUCUUUUGACUGGUUGCCUCAAUAGAGUUCUCUGUAGCCACAGAGACUGGUGGUGGCGGCGGACUUUUCUCUCCUAGCCAUGCCUCUUUCAAUCAGUGUUAAGUUUCCUGUCUCUGAAUUUCAACCACCUGGUUCUGCUGUAAGCUGGAUGGGGGUUUGUUUUGUGGGUUCGUCCUUUUUUCUUCAACUUCUGCGUUUAGCCAAAUAAAUGUCAUUUUACCCAAAA